GGGUGAAGAGGAAGGGGGCCAGGACGGUCACCUGGGGGACUCCCACACUGCAGGUCAGAGUGUCCGACACCAGUCCAGGACCCUCACAAACUGGGGACGGUUUGUGAGGUGGUCUAGUAUCCACUGUCAGAACAGAAUCCUCACAGUGCUGCUGGGCUUCUCAAAGUGGGCCAUGGAACAACGGAGCAGGAAGAUGAUGGCGUCCUCUUCUCCAACGCCAGGCUGGUAGGCAGAACCAUUGCUGAGCUCACCAUGCAGCGCAGUUGAUGUAGAACCAGUCUCUCAGGUAUGAUGACUACUAAACCAAUACCGAAGGUAGGUGGUGGGAAAUAAAAAGAUCCUCUGCAGGCACUCAUCUGCUCUGUACAUACAGUAACACCUGGAUGUUGCGUGACGGAUCAUCUGAUCACACACACUUUGCCACAGAAUCUGCCUCACACAGAUGAUGCGAUGCACAUUAGGGCAGUCAUGGCUCACAAUGAGUUCAGUUAUUGUGAGGCAGGUUGAGUGGCUGUUAUUGUCCUGCAGGUAAAGCAGGCUCUGAGACAGGAAGUCCAAUGAUGGAGCAUGUCUAAACAGCCACAAUAAACUGUAAUAAAUCACUGUUUAGAAUACUUGCAAAGAUCGGCACAACAUUAGAGCGUCUUCCUGGGCAUAAGAGCAUCAACCGGCCAAGCAGGAGGACGCGAUUUCAGUCUCAUCAUAAACUGAAAAUCACCAGAACACCGCAGAUUCGCUAAAUUCUUCCUCAUCAGGUGUCGACAAGGUCGUGAUAUCGCUGCAGUCUAAUGAAGCAGGAUGCCCCGAAAACUUAGCUUUGUUGGCAGGUGAUUCUGUAAGUGACCUGUAAGUGUCAGCACUGAGACGGGCUAAAUAAAUAAUUGUUACGUUAAUUAAUGUUAACAAUGUCGGUCUCAUUAUGUGUCAAAACACGACCGCAAUCCUUCAAGAGUUACAAAUAUUUGCCGAUGUUGCGCUUCAAAUGCUCUUGGGCGUUUUAAUUUGAAAGUCCGUCGACUGGCCCCGCCCCCGGUUUCCCUUUUUCUUAUUUCGUUUUGAAAGUGGAGAAAAGGAGAAUGAGUAAAUCAGUAUAUCGCAAAUGUGUUUUGCCGAUUUACGGAACCAAAACACAGCAUAAAAAGACGUUAUUCAAUUUUCAUUUUACACAUGAAUAAUGAAUUGCACUUCAUGCACGGACCCCCUUCACUCACGUGUUGUUUACGUCAUUUCCAUUUCCAUCAUUGCUCGGUCCGGCGGAAUUUUUGAACGCCUCCAUUUUAACAAGCCGGUGAUUUUACAACACUGUCAUUACCCUGUUCUUUCAUUAAAAGUUUUUUUUCAGUUGUACCGUCAGAGCUGCUGAAUCAUGAACGUCGGGUUUUUGACGAUAUUGUGUGUUUUCUCUUCGGCCCAGGCACCCACUCCAACUCCCUUAAAUGAGGCAGAAGAAGGCCAUGAAGUCGUUUUGCAGUGUCCUGUGGAUCUUGAUGUUGAUUUGUCUAAAUCCACUGUGACGUUAAGCAAAGAUAAAGAGAGCAACUUCGUCCUCAUUUACAAGGCUGGACGCGUUCAGGUUGAUGACCAGAUGGAAGAGUUCAGAAACAGGACCUCACUGGACCGUGACGGCUUGCCAAAGGGAACGGUGUUGGUGCGGCUGUCCUCCCUACGACUCUCUGAUAGCGGCAGAUAUAUAUUCUACAUCGGAAUGCACAAGGCUUACUAUUUUAUUUACCUCAAAGUUGUGGAGAAAGGCAGCCUCAAACCACAAGGGGUUUCCUUUAACUUAACAACGAAGGCAGAAAUGUCCAACAUAACAACGAAGGCAGAAACGUCCAACACAACAACGAAGGCAGAAACGUCCAACACAACAACGAAGGCAGAAACGUCCAACACAACAACGAAGGCAGAAACGUCCAACACAACAACAAAGGCAGAAACUCCAGCACCCACUCCAACUCCCUUAAAUGAGGCAGAAGAAGGCCAUGAAGUCGUUUUGCAGUGUCCUGUGGAUCUUGAUGUUGAUUUGUCUAAAUCCACUGUGACGUUAAGCAAAGAUAAAGAGAGCAACUUCGUCCUCAUUUACAAGGCUGGACGCGUUCAGGUUGAUGACCAGAUGGAAGAGUUCAGAAACAGGACCUCACUGGACCGUGACGGCUUGCCAAAGGGAACGGUGUUGGUGCGGCUGUCCUCCCUACGACUCUCUGAUAGCGGCAGAUAUAUAUUCUACAUCGGAAUGCACAAGGCUUACUAUUUUAUUUACCUCAAAGUUGAAAAAGUGGAGAAAGGCAGCCUCAAACCACAAGGGGUUUCCUUUAACUUAACAACGAAGGCAGAAACGUCCAACACAACAACAAAGGCAGAAACUCCAGAUGGUGGAAACAGAACUGGCUCUCAUGUCAAGUACGCAUUUAUCAUUUUCUUCUGUAUUCUUGGAGCUGUGAUUCUGAUCGUGGUGACAUACAAGACUUGUGACAAGACCCAAGAAAAGAUGGGGCAAAUAAGACAUAGAAUGCAAAUAUUAUGAGGAGGACAUCGGACCAACGGUGCAGCAAACAUCCAGGAAGUCCUGUAGCACUGAUUUGGCUGAAAACACCCCGUGUUUAAAUGUGUUUUAAUUUAAAUUAAAUUUUUAAAUAUCUCUUAUAUGAGAGAACAUCAGAUGAUGUGAAAUAUGAAUAGAUGAAAAGAAUUUAUGUCAAGUGAUAGAAUUUAAUAUAUUGCCUUCAAAAAGAAUUUCUAACUCCAAUGUCCACAAUGUAACAUUGUUACAGAGCAGUGUGGAUUCAAAUUGCAGCAAUGUAGAAUUCAUUAUUAGCAUUUUGUCCUGUUAUUAUCUCAGCUACUAUUUUGCCAGGUUUUCAUUAUGUCAAACCAAUUCAAUCGGACGUCGGUAUAAUAAGCUCAUAAUAAUGAAGGUAAAUUGCAGCAUUAGUGACUUGGAUGAAGAAAAUAAGCCUGUCAAGUCUCUUAUCACUGUCAAUAACAUCUUUAGUAACUAAUGUUGCUCAUUGCAUACCUGCUCUGCUGUGAAAGAGGGAGGGGAACCAAUCUAACCUGAAUAAACCCAGUACAAAUCUGAUUUGGAAGGACAGGACUCUGAACAUGUGACAUUAACUCCCUGCAGAGCAGGUUGCUGCUUCAAACAUUGUUCACGGCUACGGGAUUUGAACCCAUUAUUUAACAUCUAUUUAACACUAAGGCUGUAAUUACAGUACAGUAAGUACAGCAAAAUCAUAUCCAGUGCUCUAAGUUCUGAUUACAAUAAGCUUUAAACCAUUGAAUCAGAAACUAAUUUUAAAAACUCCCCUUGAACCACUACCUUAUUGUGCUGUAAACUUUGUGGGCUUGAGGCGCCUGGUUGUCCGUGGGAGCCUCUGUAGCUACAGGGUCCAAGGUGAUGGAGCGGAGCAGGUCUCCCUGCUCUGGAGCCGGGCCUGGGUUUGGGGCUCGAAUGUGAACACCUGGUAGCCAGGCCUCUGUCCAACGUGAGCCCACUCGACCUACUGGGCCAGUGUUUUGUAUAUGGAACAACAGUGACUAUGAUUUUUUACACUUUAAGCUUUUUUCCUUUUUAAAGCACUUUACAAUUCGGUUCUAAUACAUGUUCUGUUUUCCAAGAUGUUUGUCUUUUGUUACAAUUUUUUAGCAUUAUUAGGAGUAAAUGUCUUUAUGCACUUCACACAGCUGCCUUCCUAAUUAUUUGUUUGUUGUCCUGAUCGUGAUCUAUUUAAUCUACACAAACUGCCAGUGUCUUAAGUGUGGAAAGUAUUUUUUUUAAAUGUCACCAUUUUGGCAUUUUAAAUCCUACAUGAAGAACUGUGACCAAUCACAAUCAAUCAAUUGUAAAUGGUUUUAGCCAUCUUCUACCUCCUGUGGCACUCCAAGCCCUUUAACCCCACCUGAAACUUGAAAUUAACCACUGGGGAAGAAAAUAUCAAAAGCUUUAGUCCCUCCUCUGCUUCACUCAUGCACUGGACAAGGAAUCAGUUACACACACGAUCAUGGGUUGUAUUUAAGCUGUGAUUUAUGACGGAUUUAAAUAUUAAAUUCUAAGUUCUGGAAAAAGUGAAAACAUUUAGCUCUGUGGCAGUUAGUGAAAUUAAUUGCACUUUCCAUUCAGUACAGUGUUUGCUAGAGUUAUAUUUUCUUAACCUGUAAUAAUCAUAGGUGGUGCGGUGGGUAGCACUGUCGCCUCACAGCAAGAAGGUUCUGGGUUCGAUUCCAGAACCGGAGGCGGCCCUGGUGCCUUUCUGUGUGGAGUUUGCACGUUCUCCCCGUGUUUGCGUGGGUUCUCUCCGGGUUCUCCGGCUUCCUCCCACAGUCCAAAGACGUGCAUUAGGUUGAUUGGACUCUCUCCUUUGCCCGUAGGUGUGAGAGUGUGUGUGAAUGGUUGUCUGUCUAUGUGUUGCCCUGCGAUGGACUGGCGACCCGUCCAGGGUGUACCCUGCCUCUCGCCCGUAGCCAGCUGGGUUAGGCUCCAGCACCCUCGUGACCCCGCAUUAGGGAGUAAGCGGUUUAGAAAAUGGAUGGAUGGAUGUAAUAAUCAUCAACCAUGAUUCCAUACCUCCAAUGUCACCUAUUCAAUAUUGUUCUGUUUAUAGCUGCAUCUCAGUAUCUUCAUCUCCAGGUGUAAUGUGAAGGGUUUGUUUGUUUGUUUUUUUCUUUGUUUACUGCUUUCACGCACUCGAUCGCGUGUAUUUUGUAACUUCUGCGGUUGCAUUCAAACUCUUGUCACAAACAUGCUUUAUUACUACAAAAGACUUUCAACUUGCUGCUGGUUCUUUUGUAUCUUUGCUGCAGUCUGUGAACAGAAUAAAUAAUUUUAUGUCUUUUA